AUGGUGGUCGGAGGACCUACAAUCACCCUGUCCAACGGCACAAAGAUGCCACAAGUUGGGCUAGGAACUUGGCAGUCUAAACCUGAAGAGGUCAAGGCAGCUGUAAAAACUGCUGUAGAGGCAGGAUAUCGUCUAAUUGACACGGCUACUUGCUACGAAAAUGAGAGCGCUAUCGGCGACGCUAUCAAAGAGUUGAUUCAAGAAGGAAAAGUCACUCGAGAGGAGCUCUUCAUUACCACCAAGUUGUGGCUCACCCAUUUGCAUCCUGACGACACCGAAACUGGAAUUCGCGAGAUCACUUGGUCGCCUUCAGCUAGACUACGUCGACCUUUACCUUGCACAUUUUCCGACCAUGAUAUGACUGAACAAAAUCCUUCGGUAACCGUUCAAGACAUUUGGCGUGGUUUGGAAGGUGUGUACAAAAAAGGAUUGACAAAGCAGCGAUCGGUGUGUCGAACUGGAACGGAGAACAGAUCGAGCGUGUUCUCAAGACCGCAAAGUUGCAAUCUUAACCUGAUCAGGUUCUCGUUUAUGAGCGUUGGCGCGAUCCGAUUUGUCGUUGUCCAGGAUCUUAAUUUCUUUGUUAUUCAGAGUUGCAGCUCGUACGUUCUAUGUGGCCUCAAGCAU